AAAAUUAUUUCUAUCAGUAAUGAAUAAGAGAUCAACGAAGGAAGUAAGAGCAUUUUAGUGUUAAUUUUAGGUUUAACUAGUUUGUAAAUUAUGGUUCAAGAGAAGGAACUUCCAGUUUAUGUCAUAAUCAUCAUCACACUUGUUAUUAUCCUUGCGGUUGUUUGGACAGUCUUUAAAAUUUAUCUCGAGUGUUGCUACGAGGAAGAAACAGAAACCACAAAUCCUGAAACCAUAACCUUCACUGGAACCAAUAAUCAAAAUAUAAGAAUCGAAAUUGAUGAGCCAACGCAAGAAAUGUUUCAAAACUUUUUUACUCAAUUUAAUGACUCAUCAAGAACAUCGCAAUCUCAUUCAAAUGGAAAUACUCGAACUUAUCAGACAUCCACAACAUUUGUGUCAUCUCCUCGGUCGACAACAUCUCAGCCAUCGGCACCUCAACCAUCAGCAGCUAGAUCAUCAUCACCACGACCCACAGCGCCCCCUAAAAACCAAACUAAGGACAAUGAUGAUCUUCCAAGCUAUAAUGAUGUGAUGGAUGGACUUUAUGGACAUAAGAAAUAAUUUUUAGAAUAUCAAAUUUUUAAUUAUUAAUU